AUGGAUCCGCCUCGACGACCUAUACGCAUCGGCAAUUGCUCUGGCGCCAUCAACGACGGCAUUGAUCAGAUAUACCGCCUGGCCAAGUACGGCAAUGUAGACGCCAUCACUGCCGACUACCUCGCAGAGUUCAAUAUCGCCUGGAAGGCAAUCGAGCUCCAGACCCAACCAGAGCUGGGAUACGAGCCAAACUUCAUCGAGCAACUCGCCUGGCACAACGGCGACGCAGCGCGCCUCGUCGCCGAGAAAGGCAUCAAAAUCGUCCACGAUGGCGGAGCCCUGAACCCCCGGGGCCUCGCCAACAAGACGCACGCAUACGUUGAGAGCCUUGGCAUCCGCGACGUCAAGAUCGCCUGGGUAAGCGGCGACAACGUGACCGAUGCCGUAAAACGCGGCGCGUUCGGGCGAGUCAUGCAUCUCGACCAGCCCGGCGUCGAGUUUGAUCCGCACUCGCAGGGUGACGAUCUCCUCGCGGCCAACGCCUAUACGGGCAUGGCUGGCAUCGUGCGUGCGUUGGAGCUCGGCGCCGACAUCGUCAUCUGCGGGAGAUGCACCGAUGCAAGUCCCGUAAUGGGGCUUGCGACGUGGUGGCAUGGGUGGAAGACGACGGAGUACGAUGUGCUUGCUGCGAGUCUGAUGGCCGGUCACUUGAUCGAGUGCGGACCGUAUGUGACGGGAGGGAACUACUGCGGUCAACGUGAGGUGCCAGAUCUCCAUCAUGCAGGGUUCCCGAUUGCGGAGAUCGGAGCCGAUGGCGGCGCUGUCAUCACGAAGCCGGAGGGUUCCAAUGGGCUGGUGUCUGUUGAUACUUGUAAGGCGCAACUGCUUUAUGAGAUACAGGGCGUCUACUAUCUCAAUCCGGAUGUUGUAGCCAAUAUUGAGAAGGCAACCUUCACACAGCUUGGUAAAGGUCGCGUUCGACUAUCGGGUGUGAGGGGUUUGCCGCCACCGUCUACGACCAAGCUGUCCAUCUGCUUGAUGGGAGGGUACCAGGCCGAGAUAUCGGCGUAUGCGACUGGCCUAGACACCGACUUCAAGUUCGAGGUGCUUAAGAGCCAGGUGUUGGGCCAAAUCAACCAGUCCGAUUUUACGACUUUGAGCAUAGAGAAGUACGGUUCAUCAGUGGCAGAUCCGCGGUCACAAAAGCUAUGUACGACGCAAUUCCGCAUGUUUGCACAGUCUCGGACCAAGGCAGCGUUUGAGCAGUUCAAGAAGGCAAUCUUCUAUAAUGGCUUACAAGGCUAUUGUGGUCUUCAUCUAGGUAUGGACUGGAGGACUAUGGAACCGAGGCCGUACGUCAGGUACUUCCCGGCCCUGAUACCACAGUCCCGGAUUCCCCUGUUCGUGAGUUUCAUUGGUGGUGAGAAACAGCAUACCAUCGAGGCACGUCAAGAUGGCGGCACACCCCCUCGCCAGCCCGAUUACGAUGCCACAGUGCCGUUGUCGAAAGUCCAGCUGUCCAGGACAGUGAGGAGACCUCUGGGGGAUCUCGUCUUUGCGCGGAGCGGCGACAAGGGAGGCAACGCCAACGUGGGCUUCUGGGUACGCAACGCUUUAGCGUGGCCAUGGCUGCAGGCUUUCAUGACAAGACGGAGGCUCAUUGAGCUGCUAGGAGAUGACUGGCAAGCUCGUUACGUGGUGGAAAGGUGCGAGUUCCCAGGGCUCUGGGCGGUUCAUUUUGUGAUCAAGGGGAUCUUACAGGAGGGCGUUAGCAGCAGCAGCGUGCUCGAUGGGUUUGCGAAAAGCCUCGGGGAGUUUCUACGUGCCAGAGUUGUUGGCCUGCCGGUUGACUUGGUCAAGGUUGAGGAUGACCGCCGGCCACACAGAUUUGAAAGCCGUGCCCGAUCAUCAAGACUGCGGAGUACCUCGGUCAAGGUUCAAGCGCCUGAGAGCGCCAUUUCGGCAGUGCGACAGCGUGAAAUAAGACUACACGCGAUGGCUCCGAACGAUAGGCCGGUAAAGAACGCAUCUGGCCUCUACGACAAUGUUGAUUUCCGCAAAGCCGCCGGCUACGAACAUGCCCCCAUCAAGUGCGCCUACAACCGCCGUGAUGUGCUACUCUUCGCGAAUGCCAUCGGCUGUCAGAAGGAAGAGUUACAUUUCCUCUACGAAUUGCACCCAAACUUUGCCGCCUUCCCCACGUUCCCAAUCAAUCUCGCCUUCAAGCAGACGGACCAAGAUGUCUUUGAUUUUAUUGCCCGUACCGUGACCGGCCACGUCCCGGGCUGUCCGCCAUUCGACGCCCAGCGUUCCGUAGACGGAGAGAGAGGCAUUGAGAUCCUCCGCCCCAUCUCCGUGUCUUCGGAUGGACUUGACUUGGAGGUUCGAAGCAAGGUCAUCGGAGUCUAUGACAAGGGCGGCGCAAUGAUUCUUGAAGCAGAACAGCUGCUGGUCGACAAGAAGACCAACACAGCUUACACCAAAAUGACAUCCACCGCCUUCGGCAUAGGACAAGGCGGCUACAACGGGCCCCGGGGCCCAACAAAGCCGGCCGUGAAAGCACCGGAUCGCGCCCCGGACGCCGUGCACAUCAUCGAGACCACCCCGGAGGCAGCUCUUCUUUAUCGCCUCUGCGGCGACUACAACCCGCUUCACGCAGACGAGGCAUUUGGGCAGCGCGCCGGGUUCAAGGGGUCUAUCCUCCAAGGGCUGGGCACCUGGAACAUGGCUGCACACGGUUUGCUACAGAAGUUAGGCGGCGGCGACCCAAGUCGUUUUAGAGCGUACGGGGCCAGGUUCAAGAGCGUCGUUUAUCCCGGAGACACCCUCGAGACGCGCAUGUGGGUUGUCAAAAGCGGAGGCGGGGUGGACGAUGUUGUCUUUGAGACGAUCGUGAAGGAUGAUGGACGAGUUGCUCUGUCCAAUGGCUACGCCAAGAUUUUGCAAGCGAAACCAAAGAUGUGA